GAGAAGAAGAGUCGUGCAAGGUUCAGGGUCAAGCGCUUCUUCACCAAGCUUCGUGGCAAGCUCACCAAAGAACAGGUUAAGAGUGAAAUCGUCGACGAACGCUGUGUGUGCUGCCUCGACAUCAUGCCCGCCGAGUGCCUGGCGACUAUGCCUUGUCAACACAAGUAUUGCAGCCGAUGCAUGAAGCAGAUGGUGCUCACGGUCAUCUCCGAGGAAGGGUUGUUCCCACCCAGAUGCUGCAAGCUAGAUAUCCCAGUCGAGACUAUCUUGCCCGUGUUGACGCCCAAGGAGAGAAGCUUCUACAUCUCGAAAGCGCAGGAGUAUGCAACACCAGCUGCAGAACGGUGGUACUGCUCAGCGGCGACGUGUAGGCGCUUCAUUCCGCCGCAGUAUGUGAGGAGCGCAUCCUCAUCGCAAACGUGCCCUUACUGCAGCACCAAGAUAUGUUCAGGGUGUCGCGACCUGGCUCAUUCGUCGAGAGGGUGCGCGCCCGAUCCCGGCCUCGCGGCUGUUCUUGAGGAGGCCCGACUCAAGCAAUGGAAACGAUGUUAUGAUUGCGGCUCCAUGGUAGAGCUUGUCUCUGGCUGCGACCAUGUCACCUGCAGAUGCAAGGCACAAUUCUGUUACAAAUGUGGAGAUCCUUGGUCUGCUUGUGCCUGCGCUGCGUCCGGACAGCGGCCCGCGGAUUUCCUGGCCGUGCUUAUCGGACACACCAAGUUGAGCCGAGACCAGGAGGCCGAGCUGUCUGCGGUAGUCACUGCCAUCCUCCGCAACGAAAGACUCCGUGAUGAGGAGGCGGCCAAUGCCAAAGCUAAGAUGGAGGGGACCAGCAGGGAGAGCAAGAGACUUUCCCGGUUG